AUGCCCUUCGUGACCAAUUUCAAAAUCAUGAACCACAAAAAUACAUUGAGCAAUGAAGACUCGAUUCAAAAUCAUGCGAAUCAUCCUUUGCAUUCUCCAGCUGCUGAUGCCCUAGGCCUUGAUUCUAGUAGUAUGAUGCAAGAUACUAUGGAAGACCAAGGCGGAUCAAACCAUAAUCGACCAACUGGUGAAGGACCUGAAAAUUCUCCAGCCAUUGAUACAGCAGAUGAUGGUGGUGCCGAAGAGGAAUUGGGAGCUUUUGACGACGCGCAUCUUCAGGUUGACCAGCCAAAGAAGAAGAAGAAGAAAAGCAAGAAAAGCAAGCCAAAAUCCAAGAGGGGAUUGAAUGCUCCCAGCGGUUUUGAGGAGUAUAGUGCGGAUGCUCCAAUUACGCCAGCUGAGUACGACGAAGAGAGAAAGCUCUACGACUUAGACCUUCCAUUCACUGAUCGCAUCAUAACCGCUAUCCAUCGCUACGAACGUCGCCGUAAAAUGCUUCCAGCUACCCGGGACACAUUUCGUAAAUACCUCGCCUAUGGAGGCUUAGAUGUUACUCCAAAUAUGUUCCAAGGUAUAUCCGAACGUGACGCAGAGUCGAUGGAUAAAGACACUCUUACACAUGCCCUGGCUCAAACAAGUUUGUCACAUGAAUUUCGUGAUAUCGGCAAGGAGUCUUCGAUGUGGGUCGUGGACUUUGAAGGAGUGAUGAAAGGAUUUCUCUCCCGCCGAGUUCCCUUUUUCUAUGCUCUUGACACCGAAGCCGACGUUCAAGCUAUUACCACUCUGCUUAUCAAUUUCAUGAAUUAUCUCCUUCACCACGACGUAUGCCCGGAAUACCGGGAGCCCAUCUUAGCCGCAAAGCAGUGCUGCGUCAAGGCCACCCAGGAGCUUUGGUCGAUCGUUCAGGCGCAAAGAUGGCUCCCUGGCGACUUCAACAUAGCAUGUAGUACCCUGUUCGACGGUGCCUACAGCAGGAGAUAUGACGGUCAGACAUCCUGGGCUGAUGAUGGGGGAGAAUUUAUUGGCCAGACAGACGAUCAAGCCAGACAGAUUGUCAAGUUCGCUGUGGCUUGUGCUGGUAGCGAGGAGCAAUACCAACUCUGGUACGAGAAAGCUAUGGCGAAUGAGAUCAAAGUCACCAAAGUGAGGAAGGAGGUCGGGUUGGAAAUCACCGAGAUCAUUCUACCAGAUGAUGAAACACGGGACUUCUACAAACAAAGAACGAAGGACUUUCGACCUGUUGGCAAGAUCCAUACCAAGGGAUGGAAGAAUCCAUCCGCCACUGUUGAUGAUCUAACACCUGAAGAGCAAGCUCUACAGGAGAAGACAUUGUCACAGGUAAAGCAACAAUCGGAAGAGGUGCAUCGAUUUCGCGAAGCAGGAGAGGAUGAAUAUGAAUUCUUUGUCGAGGAAGCAGUCCUUCAGCACCUCUUCGUGGGUAUGAAACUCGAGGCCACCAUUCGAACGCUCAAUUGUGGCAUCUGCUUCGUUGACGAAGUGUUCAAUGCCUAUUUGAGCUUUGACACCUUCUUGCCCAACGAUAGACUGUAUGGCUACAAGAAACCGAGAUGGCUGCCUGGGUUUUCUCUUGGUGAAGACGGGCUAGUCAAGUAUGAUCCGAAAGCGGCAGAAAAGGGUGAAGGGAAUGAUGUUGAGGUGGACGAUAGAGAUGACUAG